UCCCAGUCCCACGUAUGCUCGCUCGUUCCUGCCAACGCUCCUUCUCCUUCCUCCUCUCGCUCCUCCUCCCAAUGGCCAAACGCUUCCGUCUCCGUCUAUCCCGCAUUAUCCCCUCCUUCCAGAGCUGCCGCUCUAAGGAUGACGCCGGCGUCACAGUUACCAACCCUGCCUUCCGUCUCUCACCCGUUAACCGGAAAGCCUUCGACAUCGACUUCCCUCCGCCGAUGCCGCCCCUCUCCACCCCGUCAUUCCUCCGCCGCCCCCACCCCCCGUUCGUCUUCGGCCCAGCAUGCGGCUGCCUCCCCUCCCGCCGCGGCUGCCGUUUCUCCCCCACCGACGACAGGGAGACCCCGGCGUACCUCUGGCGGAAGGAGGAGAAGUGGCACGUCGUCGCCUACGCCGACGGCUACGGCGUUGGCCGUUACGACUUCCCUUCCUCUCCCCGCCGGAAGAUCGACUCCGACGACGGCUGCGACAUCCUCCUGCCGGCGGCGAUGGCCAAGGCGAGGCAAAGGGAGGGGAAGCUCCGCCGCAGGCGGCGUCGGUGGGAGACGAAAAGAUCAUCACGAUCCCGAGCGCAGGUGAGCACCUCCUCGGCCGACAGCCCGUGGUUCAGCAGCGAGGGGGACAAGGAGAACGACGAGUGGGAGGACGAUUAUUUCGACGAGGAGGAGGGCGACGGCGAGACGGAAACGCUGGUCUCGUCGACGGACUGCUCGUCGGAUCACGUGCUCCGACGGAGAAGGAUUAGGAGGCGGCGGCCGAGGGAGGUGGUGAAGUGCUGCUACUACCCGUCGCCGGAGCGAACUGCAGCAGCGGUGCUGCGGAAGCUGGUGCCGUGCGGGGCGGUGGCUGCGACGGCGGCGGCCAAGGGGAAGGUUAGAGAGAGCUUCGCGGUGGUAAAGCGGUCGGAGGACCCGAGGGCGGACUUCCGGCAAUCGAUGGCGGAGAUGGUGGUGGAGAAGGAGAUGUACGAUGCCGGCGACCUGGAGCAGCUGCUGCGCUGCUUCCUGUCGCUCAACUCGCGGCACCACCAUGGAGCCAUCGUCGCGGCCUUUUCGGAUAUCUGGGAGGCUCUCUUCUCCGCCACCGCCACUCCCGCCGCGGCCCCCGCUGUUCUUAAAAAUUAGUUAUAAGUAGUAAAAUAUUGUUCCUAUGAUUCGAGUUUAUAUUUGUAUACGUAUUUUGAUCUCAGUGCGUGGGUGAGAUGGACUCGAUCUGUCUCUUAUGUUGAUCACUAGGGGUGACGGUGGUGGAGGUGUAAAUACUUGUUGUGUUUGUUUUGGAAAUGGAUGGAUGGAAAAAGACU